AUGUUUAUUUAUCUGCCAACUUUAAUAACUUUCGUUUGCGCUCUGUAUCUUUAUUUCACACGAACUUUUGACUUUUGGAAAAAGAGAAAUGUGAAAGGACCAUGCCCAAUACCACUUUUUGGUAACUACAUUGAUGUAUUCUUCAGGAGAAAACAUAUUGGCGUUCUAUACCACGAUAUUUACAAACAAUAUCCAGAUGAGAAAGUAGUGGGUUUAUACAGAAUGAUGUCACCAACUUUGUUGAUUCGUGAUCUUGAUAUAGUGAAACAAGUGCUACAAAAGGAUUUUGAAUCUUUUCCUGAUCGCGGAGUAUACUACAGCAAGCAAAAGCUGGGAGACAAUCUCUUCCACGCUGACGUCGAAGUGAUGAAAGGGCUAAGAAAACAUAUGACUGCUGCAUUCACACCAAACAAGUUCAAGGCUAAUUUUGAUAUGCUUGCUAAUCGAGCGGAGCAGUUUCUUGAAUACAUGGGAAGAGUUAGUGACGAAAAUGGAGAAGUAAAUAUACUGCCGGGUUUUAGAAAAUAUGGUGCUGACUCUAUCAUGAUGGCUGCUUUCGGUAUCGAUUUGAAGCCUUAUGAUGAAAACAACUUAAUAUGUGAUGUGUUGGAUGAAGGAAUUCAGUAUCCUAGAUAUCUCCUUGAGCUAGAGCUACUUUUCCCUGGCAGUCUUACAAGAUUUGAUUUAUCAAUAUUUCCUGAUAGAAUAUCUCGGUAUUUUAAACAAAUAAUUGAAGCUGGUGCGACAUUAGGAGUCACGGACAAAACCGAAAGAAAUAGAGCUAUUGAUAUUAUGAUGGAAUUAAAAAGACAAGGAAGUAUUAAUGCCUCUAGAAAAGAGAAUGGUGAAAAGGAACAUUGGUUGGAAAUCACAGAUGAGAUGUUAGCUGGCCAAGCAUUUAUCUUCUACUUUGCUGGUUAUGGUAAUAAUUCUUUACUAUUAUCUUAUGCAUUAUAUUACUUGGCCAAAAACCCUGAAAAACAAGAUAUACUAAUACAAGAAAUUGAUGAAGUUAUGCUAAAGUACGAUGGUAAAUUUUCUUACGAAUCGUUAAAAGAAAUGAAAUACCUAGAGAUGGUUUUCGAAGAGACUUUACGCUUACGUCCUAUGACAAACGCUGUUGUCAGGAAUGCUGCAAGAGAUGUGCAGUUAGAAGGCACAGAUAUCGUCAUUCCAAAAAAUACUAUCCUAGCAAUAUCUCCAUACUCAUUCCAUCACGAUGAGAAAUAUUUCCCUGAACCAGAGAAGUUUAAACCUGAAAGGUUUUCUACUGAAAAUGUGAGGGAACGACACCCCUGUGCUAUGUUAUCCUUUGGACAUGGGCCAAGGAGUUGUCUUGGUUCAAAGUUCGCUCUACUCCAGUUUAAUAUUUGUAUGGUGAAGAUGUUAUUGAAAUACAGAGUAGAAUGCACCAAGAACACUCCAGAAUCAAUCACGUACACUCCCACGCGACUCCUACUGACUCCAAAUGAAAGAAUAUAUCUCCGAUUAGUUAAUAGAGAUAAGUAUAAGUAA